AUGGACGUGUGGGUCGGGUCGGAAACGGGGCUCCUCAAAGGCGUCAGUGUGCAACGAAAACAGGCCGUAAACUUCAGCCUCAGCAGCUCAGGGCGCCUCUCCCGGGACCAGGAGGUGCGGUGCCUCUGCUGGUAUGGUCCUGUUGAGGCACAGAUCCUGGUAGGUGCAGUUGAUGGCAUCGUGAGGACGUUUGAUGUGGACAAAGGCGCGGUGACGUCAACGCAGCGCUGUGGUGAGCCUGCAGACGGCUGCUUCACCGGACUGGGCACACUCGGUUCAUCUCUGAUCACCUGCACCGAGAAAGGAACCGUGAGAGUAUGGGACCAGGAAAAGGACCAGCCACGCACCGAGCUGAGGGCAGGGGACCAGGUGCACAGGAUGCGUGUCAACCCUUUCCUCCCCCACACAGUGGCCACAGGGGGGAGAGAGAACCCUCUGAAGAUCUGGGACCUGGAGAAACCCCUCAAACCAGUGUUCUGUGCCAAGAACCUGCGCGACACAUGGUUGGACCUGAGACAGCCGCACUGGAUCAGAGACCUGGUAUUCACCCCCAAGGGACAGGUCCUGACCUGUACAGCCUACCACCAGGUGCACCUGUAUGACCCCCUGACCCCGCGGCGGCGUCCUGUCCUGGAGACAGUGUUUGGUGAAGCUCCUCUGACCGCAUUGUGCCUGUUCGACCACACAGUGGCGGUGGCGAGCGCGCAGGGGCAGGUGGCGCUCAUGGACCUGAGGAAGCUGCAGGUGUGCGGCGCUCUGCGGGGAGUCACAGGGUCGGUACGCUCUCUGACCCAACACCCCUCACUGCCGCUCAUCGCCUCCUGCAGCCUGGACCGACACCUGAGAAUACACAGCCUCACAGACCGACGACUGCAACACAAGGUUUAUCUGAAGUCUCGUCUGAACUGCCUGCUGAUGUCGAGCUCAGAUCCAAAUGCUGCUGCGUCACCGCUGAGAGUGAAGGAAGAAGAGGAAGAGGAUGAGGUCUGGGACUGUAUGGAGAGCGUGCACGAAAGAGGCGUGCAGGAUGAGGGCGCGCAGGAGGAAAGCGCGCAGGAUGAGGGCGCGCAGGAUGGUGAGAGGCCUACCCUGGAAGACAGCAAUGUGGUCAAGGAUAUAAACGUGCAUGUGAAAGACGAUGGCGCACACAAGGACAUGCACGAGGCAGAGAGCGCGCACAAGGCGACUGCAAAACCCAAGAGAAGAACAAACUCAAAAAAAGAGCAGAAGCCAAAGAGGCGUAAGAAGGGGCAAGACUGA